UCAUUCUUUCUGCUGUGCACGGGUUGGCCAGUCUCUUCAUUCCGUUCCGUCAGUCAGUCUUGUGAUACCAUUUUGCUUCGCUCGGUGUGUGGCAUUGCAUUUUUUUCCCAUCCCGACAACUGCAACACCUGAGAGGAAAAAGCGGAGCAGGAGGAACAAAUCGAGACAAUGUCCAAUCUGAAGAAGAUCGCCGAUGAGGACCGCGAGUCCAAAUUCGGAUACGUGUAUGCCGUAUCCGGUCCUGUCGUCACGGCCGAGCGGAUGUCCGGUUCGGCUAUGUACGAGUUGGUUCGUGUCGGUUAUUUCGAACUGGUCGGUGAGAUCAUUCGAUUGGAGGGUGACAUGGCUACCAUCCAGGUAUACGAGGAAACCUCUGGUGUCACCGUAGGAGAUCCCGUGCUGCGUACCGGCAAGCCACUGUCCGUCGAACUCGGCCCUGGUAUCAUGGGUAGCAUCUUUGACGGUAUCCAGCGUCCGCUGAAAGAUAUUAACGAGUUGACCAGCUCGAUCUAUAUUCCCAAGGGUGUCAACAUUCCCUGCUUGUCGCGUACCCAGAGCUGGGGAUUCAACCCAUUGAACGUCAAGGUUGGCUCACACAUCACCGGUGGAGAUCUGUACGGUUUAGUGCACGAAAAUACUCUGGUCAAGCACAAACUGUUGGUUCCACCACGCGCCAAGGGUACCAUUCGUUACAUUGCUCCACCUGGCAACUACACCGUCGAUGAUAUCAUCCUGGAGACGGAAUUCGACGGUGAGAUUAACAAGUACUCUAUGUUGCAAGUGUGGCCCGUCCGUCAGCCACGUCCAGUGACUGAGAAGAUGCCCGCCAAUCACCCAUUGUUGACCGGUCAGCGUGUGUUGGAUUCGCUGUUCCCUUGCGUCCAGGGUGGUACCACUGCCAUUCCCGGUGCUUUCGGUUGCGGCAAAACUGUCAUCUCGCAGGCCCUGUCCAAGUACUCCAACUCCGAUAUCAUUGUCUACGUCGGUUGCGGAGAACGUGGUAACGAAAUGUCUGAAGUAUUGCGUGAUUUCCCGGAGCUGUCGGUAGAAAUUGACGGUGUCACUGAGUCCAUUAUGAAACGUACCACUCUGGUCGCCAACACUUCCAACAUGCCUGUCGCUGCUCGUGAAGCUUCCAUCUACACCGGUAUUACACUGUCCGAGUACUUCCGUGACAUGGGUUACAACGUGUCCAUGAUGGCUGAUUCGACCUCACGUUGGGCCGAAGCUCUUCGUGAAAUUUCUGGUCGUCUGGCUGAAAUGCCUGCCGAUUCCGGUUAUCCUGCCUACCUGGGUGCCCGUUUGGCCUCCUUCUACGAACGUGCCGGCCGUGUAAAGUGUCUCGGUAAUCCAGAACGCGAGGGCUCCGUGUCCAUCGUCGGUGCCGUAUCGCCACCCGGUGGUGACUUUUCCGAUCCCGUCACAUCGGCCACCCUCGGUAUCGUACAGGUCUUCUGGGGUCUGGACAAGAAACUGGCCCAGCGUAAGCACUUCCCCUCGAUCAACUGGCUGAUCUCCUACAGUAAGUACAUGCGCGCCCUGGACGACUUCUAUGACAAGAAUUUCCAGGAGUUUGUCCCGCUGCGUACCAAGGUCAAGGAGAUCCUGCAGGAGGAAGAAGAUCUGUCCGAAAUCGUGCAGCUGGUCGGUAAGGCGUCGCUGGCCGAAACCGACAAGAUUACGCUGGAAGUGGCCAAGCUGCUGAAGGACGAUUUCCUGCAGCAGAAUUCGUACUCGGCGUACGAUCGGUUCUGUCCGUUCUACAAGACGGUCGGCAUGCUGCGAAACAUUAUCGGCUUCUACGAUAUGGCCCGCCACGCUGUGGAAACCACCGCACAGUCGGAGAACAAGAUCACCUGGAACGUGAUCCGUGACUCGAUGGGCAACAUCCUGUACCAGCUGUCGUCGAUGAAGUUCAAGGACCCAGUGAAGGACGGUGAGGCGAAGAUCAAGGCCGACUUCGACCAGCUGUACGAAGACCUGCAGCAGGCAUUCCGCAACCUGGAGGACUAAGCACCCGCGAAAUUCCUUGAAACAGUUUUAUUGUUUUCAGUAAACAUACAGAAAUGUUCGUGUAACUUAGUGCAAAAAGAUAAAAAAAACACACUUCAAAAUGAAAAAUACAUAACAACAGCGCAGCAAUGUGCGUCCAUAUAAAAUGUAGGGCCCCCGGCAUCACGAUCAACAUCCAUACUAAUGCUUCUAGGUCACCAUUUUACAGGAGUAUUUAGGUUUAAAAUUUAUUUACACACAUUGUAAACAUUAAGAAAUGCAAAAUCUACUUAGUGAGUGUAAAAUAUACAGUUAGCAGAAACCGGUAAAACACACAAUACGGCAGAACAGAAACGGAAACAAAUACUAGUGGGUAAGGCAGAGAAGAGCGUCCUGGCAUAAGAAAGAUUUAGUAAAAACGAACAUCCAAUCGAAUAUGUCUUCAAAUUUCCACUUGCAUGCGGUGCGUGUCUUUAAAAACGUGGUGAAACAUAACAUCAACAACAAACAGAAAUGAGAGUCGAUAAUCAAAGGGGAUAUAAAACAGAGAUCUAUGAAGCAUACUCUCAGCUAGAAUAGAUUGUGACGUCGCGAAACGUACUAUAAUACAUAAAUUAAGCCACGGUUAAUGGGAAAAGAGAAGAAACUUUCGAUUGAACUACAUUAUAGGACAUAUAGAUGUAUAAUUAUAUAAGAACGCUAAUUAAUCGUAUCAAACAGAUAACAAAAAGUUUUACUAUAGUUAAGGCAAUCAAGUUGUUAUAUCAAUUUAUUAUUUAGUGAAUAUAGUUUUACUUUUAAUUUGGUAGUCGUUUUUCAAUCAGUAGGAUCGGAAACGAAGAUCAAUGAUUGAUUGACUGUUGACAAUUGAAAAAAAAAGUUAAAUUUAUUAUUUUUUUUCUUGGUGUGAAGAAGGAGUCGCUGCGUCGCUCUGGUAAGGGAGCGACGUACGCUCGUAUUGUCUUGUACAUUUUUUGUCGAUGAGCAGAAAUAAUAUGAGAAUAAAACCCUCUAUAAAAUUGCAUUCCGCGUAAGAA